AUGAGCGCCGCUCCUUCUGACACAGGUGCUGGUUCUGUUCCAAUCUCGAGUGCGAGUACCUCUCACUCGCACAAUGCUCGUAUUGCGACGCACUCGCACAUUAAGGGUCUGGGCCUGGAUGAGCACGGCAUGGCCUUUCCAACAGCGCGCGGCUUCGUAGGCCAAAGGUCAGCACGCGAAGCAUGUGGCCUCGUCUUGGAUUUGAUUCGACAGCGCAAAUUUGCUGGUCGCGCUCUGCUUCUGGCAGGUGGUCCGGGUACCGGAAAAACAGCUCUCGCCCUGGGCAUGGCACAUGAGCUUGGUCAUAAAGUGCCGUUCUGUCCGAUGGUGGGCUCCGAGGUCUACAGCUCUGAGGUCAAGAAGACCGAGGUCCUCAUGGAAAACUUCCGACGUGCGAUUGGUUUGCGUGUACGCGAGACCAAGGAAGUGUACGAGGGCGAGCUCACUGAGCUCACACCUACCGAGAUGGAGAACCCGUUGUCUGGCUAUGGCAAGACCAUCGUGCAUGUGGUGAUCGCCCUUAAGACUGUCAAAGGUACAAAGCAGCUGCGCCUCGACCCUAGCAUUUAUGAGAGCAUCUUAAAAGAACGUAUCACUGUUGGUGACGUGAUCUAUAUCGAGGCCAACACGGGCGCGGUGAAACGCGUAGGCCGCUCGGAUGCGUAUGCCACCGAGUUCGACCUUGAGGCAGAUGAAUAUGUGGCGCUGCCCAAAGGCGAUGUGCAAAAGCGUAAGGAAGUGGUCCAGGAUGUGACCCUGCAUGACCUUGAUAUGGCCAAUGCCAGGCCGCAGGGCGGCCAGGAUAUCAUGAGCGUGGUGGGCCAGCUCAUCAAAGGACGUCGUACCGAAGUGACAGACAAGCUGCGUGGUGAAAUUAACAAGGUUGUGGACAAGUACAUUCAACAGGGCAUUGCCGAGCUCGUGCCCGGUGUGUUAUUCAUUGACGAAGUUCAUAUGCUCGACAUGGAGUGCUUUACCUACCUGAACCGCGCACUGGAGUCGACCAUUAGUCCUCAUGUGAUUUUGGCGACCAACCGAGGACAGUCCACGGUCCGUGGUACCGAGUUUGAGGGCGGCCUAAGCGUCGGAAUCGUCGCGCCUCACGGUAUUCCCCUUGACUUGCUGGAUCGCUGCAUGAUUGUGCGCACAAUGCCGUAUGCGGAGGACGAGAUCCGCGAGGUCAUUCGCAUUCGUACGUCAACAGAAGGCAUCGCUGUCCAUGACGACGCACUCUCGAAACUGACCGAUCUCGGCAAGACCACCUCGCUCCGUUUCGCAUUGCAGCUGCUGGCACCUGCGGCCGUUUUGGCCAACGUCACUGGUCGCUCUGAGAUCACGGUGGAUGAUAUUGAGCAGACAAACAGCCUCUUCUUGGAUGCUCGCUCAUCUGCCCGUCACCUUGCUCAAACACCAGCUGCCGAAAAUGCACCGAUGGAUGUCGCAUAA